UUUGAAUUUUCGUAGUCACCUGGUAGCAUAUUUCAACGUCACCUGCGAAUCUGUGUGGCGGGUAGUGUGUGUCUGUAUAGUAUAUAUAUAUAUACGUAUAGUGUACAUCGCGACUUUUUCUAAAUACCUACUGACAUAGUUGUUAGAGUGCCAGAGAGAGACAGAGACAGAGAUAGAGCAAGCCAAAGCACGCGACUAAAAUAUAGUGUGUGCGAAAAUUUUCACGACGUUGGAUGGAUCCUCCAAAGUCUUCGCCUCCACCGCAGCCGCCCAAGAGUGCGCAAUAUUUUCCCCAUAGGAUUGUCGACUUGGAUUUGAAAACCGAAGAUACCGGUCCAGCAGACGGUGGACCUUGUGGAAAGGUGUUAACGAUUCUGUCAUGGGUUCUGGUAGUAAUCACUCUUCCGUUCUCACUGUUCGUUUGUUUCAAAGUUGUACAAGAAUACGAAAGAGCUGUCAUAUUCAGGCUAGGGAGAUUGGUAUCAGGAGGUGCAAAAGGACCAGGUAUGUUAUUCAUAUUACCGUGCAUCGAUUCGUAUAAAAUGGUCGAUAUUCGAUCGAGAUUAUUCGACGUUCCUCCUCAAGAGGUUUUGACCAAAGACAGCGUGACCGUUUCGGUGGACGCGGUUGUGUACUAUCGAGUCUGCAAUGCCACCAUUUCUGUCGCCAAUGUCGCCAAUGCUCACCACUCGACCAGACUUCUCGCUCAAACCACCCUAAGGAACGUGUUAGGUACUCGACCACUGCAUGAGAUACUCAGCGAUCGAGAGGCCAUCUCGAAUACAAUGCAGAUUUCAUUGGAUGAAGCUACCGAAUCAUGGGGUAUCAAAGUUGAAAGAGUUGAAAUCAAAGAUGUGAGGUUACCGGUUCAACUACAAAGAGCUAUGGCUGCUGAAGCAGAAGCUGCUCGAGAAGCUCGAGCCAAGGUCAUCGCGGCUGAAGGUGAACAAAAAGCUAGCCGAGCUUUACGUGAGGCCUCUGAGGUUAUCAGUGAUUCACCAGCUGCCUUACAACUUCGUUAUUUGCAGACGCUUAAUACAAUAUCAGCGGAGAAAAACUCAACGAUUGUGUUCCCCUUACCAAUUGAUAUCAUCACGUAUUUCAUGAAAGUGCGCGAACAUCACGAAAGUAAAAAAUGAUUCAAUUCUUUAUGUGACUCUAUACUAUACAAAGGAUCGUGUGUAAAAGUACCUCAUCUACCUACAUCUCAUCAUUUGUACUAUAAACUUGCGGUCAAUUAAACAUCAUGACAGAUCGUUGUCUAUCUCUCUCUCUCUCUCUUUCUCAAUGGUUUUUAUCGUUCUGCCAGGAGGAGGCUUGGUAACGGAACUCGAGUCCUUUUUUCUCGUAAUCUUUUGAUCUUGUUCGGUGUACGUUUUUUUUUGGUUUGUUUGUUUGUUUUUCAUGAAUGCUUUCACCAGUGUCUGCGAAACUGCCUUGUAUACGCAGAGAAAGCAUAAUCUCAUCUCAUCUCAUCGAGAACCUUUUUUUUAUUUUUUAUUUUAAUUUGUUUAUUUUUUUAAAUGUUUGAUUGAUCAUCUCGUUCACCUAUUUAUUAUAAUGAGAAAAGUUGUUCGCGGUUUUUUGCCCUUAUACUACGUUAUUAUACCAUUACUACAUAAUUAUACGAUAUUUAUACGUUAGAUUUUGUAUAAUUAAAAACCAAAAAAAAAAAAUUGAGCAAAUAUUUUUAUGUUGAUUUUGUGCACACGUUAAUAUGUAUUUUUUAUUAUUUAAUUAUUUGUGAUUAUUUUUUUUUCUAUUUAGGAUUUGUUUUUUUGUUUCUUCUGUUUGUUGAGUUUUUUUUUAUUUUUUAUUUUUAUUUAUACCUACGUAUUUUAAAAUUUUACCUAAGGUUUUAUCUUCAGGAAUGAUAUUCUACUUUAAAUUGCUCAUCAUGGUGCGUAUUAACGAUAAACCAAAUUUUCUCAGAAUUGUUCUGUAUGAUGCUUAGAGAAUCAAACUGUUGUUAUUUUUUCUUAUUUAUAUGGUGUAUGUAUUUAAUAUGUACUUUACUCGAAUAAAAUGGUUUUUUUCA